AUGAUGCGUGGUCUGGCGUGUCUGUUUCGCAUCUGGAACACAAAUGGCGUGCGAAAGCUGUCGAAGCGAUUAAGUACAGGCGGAAAGCUGGUAGCUCCGACUGGCAACGUGAGUCUAGAAGGUGUGGAGAAAGCUGAGCAAGCAGCUCGCAUUCAACGCUCAGAGAACACUCGGAAGCGCAAAGCAGUGGCACAGAAUUGA